ACUGCACCAAUGGCCAACUCAUCAUCCGAGCUCUCGUCUCCUCCGCCGGAAACAGGUGCUACUUCCCCAGAUCUUACAGAUUUUAGGGCGCCACCUCCAUCCGAAGUCACCACAACCGCAAUUGCCAGUCGCAAGCGUGAGGCGGAACAAGUGACAUCGUCCGUGAAAAGAAUAAAAAGAGCUACUGGGGAUCCCCAGUUGGAACACAUCGAAGAGUCUGAGACGAAAGAAGUUUACCCGCUCUCCAAACCAGCACCGGAGCAGCAAAGCCAAGCGCGCAAGAGCAAGAGGGUAGCUGCAUCCCAGGAAGAUAAAACGACACCCGAAGUUAAAACAAGCGUAAAAUCCUCUACCAACAGUACUCCGAAGGAACCUGCUCAAAAGGCAAAGACGAAAGCCAAAGUUUCUGUUGAGGAUAAAGUCGAAACAAAGGUGCAACCGGAAGCAGAUGGUACUGAGUUGAAGCAAGUCAAGCGAAAAAGAAAGACCAAGGAAGAAAAAGCACUGGAAGCUAUGCCGCUCGCUGCUAGAACAGUUGGGUCUAAGCUAUUUAUUGGUGCUCACGUUAGUGCCGCAGGGGGCGUGCAUAAUGCAAUCACCAACUGUCUUCACAUAGGCGGAAAUGCCUUUGCCCUUUUCCUCAAGUCACAACGCAAAUGGGCAAAUCCACCGUUGGCUCAGGAUCACGUAAAGUUGUUUAAAGCUUCCUGUGAUACGCAUAAGUAUGACAACGCGCAUCAUGUCGUUCCGCAUGGCUCGUAUCUUGUGAAUUUGUGUCACACUGAUGCUACGCGGACAAAGCAAGCAUACGACUCGUUCUUGGACGACUUGUCCCGCUGCCGCGAACUAGGCAUCAAACUCUACAAUUUUCACCCAGGAAAUUGUGCUAGCUCAAGUCGCGAAGAGGCACUGCAGCACCUGGCGACUCAGCUGAACCGAGCACAUGAGGAUCCUUUGUCCGGUGAUGUUAUCACUCUCCUGGAAACCAUGGCUGUCACAGGAGGCAACACGAUCGGUGGGACAUUUGAGGAGCUCAAAGCCGUAAUUGACCUUGUUGAGCAUAAAGACCGUGUUGGAGUGUGCUUGGACACCUGCCAUGUUUUCGCAGCAGGUUAUGACCUUCGGACCCCCGAUUCCUUCAAGGCCACGCUUGACAAAUUCGAUGAUACUAUCGGAUUACGUUUCCUCAAGGCCUUACACAUAAACGACUCCAAAGCGCCCCUCAAUUCAUGCCGGGAUCUACAUGCGAACAUAGGCACCGGAUGUCUUGGUCUCCGAGCUUUCCACAACAUCAUGAAUGAGCCUCGCCUACAUGGCCUUCCAAUGGUGCUAGAGACUCCGAUCGACGUACCGAAUCCGGAUGAUCCCAAAGGAAAGAAGAUCGAUGACAAAGGCGUAUGGGCAAGAGAAAUCAAAAUGCUGGAGGAGCUUAUAGGCAUGGAUGUUGAGGGCGACGAUUUCAAGAAGUUGGAAAUGGAACUACAGGAGCAAGGCAAAAGUGAACGAGAGAGAGUUCAGGAUCAGGUCGAUAGGAGGGAGGAGAAGAAAAAAGCAAAGGGGAACAAGGGCGGAAAAAAGGGUGCUGGAGGAAGAAAAGCCAAGGACGAUGGCUCUGAAAGCUCCUCGGGUUUUAGCGAAGCUGGUGAUGAGUAAAUUUGAGCAGCACCUCUGGCAGCCAGUCGACGGAAAUUGUCGGCCUACGAGCAGAAUUAGCAUUAUCAUCAAAUAGGGAACUCUGUGUG